UUUUGCAUGAGCUGCGGCGAGCACGGGCCCACCGCCCACCGCCCCUGCUCUCUCCGAUUUCCAUUCCAAUCUUCCGCGUCGGCACGAGACCACGACGUCACGCAUUCCCGCGAAUCCGGCCUGCUCGAGACCUCCUCCCGUCGCGACGCCGCAAGCCAUCAAAGCGCCUCCUGCUUCCGCUCCUAUCCAAGGCGAACCACACUCUGCGAUCGAGAGCUCGCUGAGCCGUAAAACCCUAGCUAAUCCUUCUCUCUCCCCCCCUCUCGCUGUCGUCUCCGUCUCCGUCUCCGAUCUCCGCGGCCUCGGUUGCGGGCUGCGGCUGCGCCGGUGCGGCUCCAUGGUCCCGGAGCCGGCUCCCGCGGCGGCGACGGAGCCGAGGCGCUCCACGCGCAGGCGCCUAAUGACGGCCGCCGCGAUGGAGGCCGAGGCGGAGGCGGUGGCCGACCUCGACGAGAUCGACCGCGAGAUGUCGCGCGCCGAGUCGCGCAAGCGCCAGCGCAGGACGGCGAAGGAGAAGCCUGGUGCCCGUAAGGGAGCGACCGAAUGGAAGCCGGAGGACGUGGAGAAGGCGGCGGCGGCGGAGGGGGUGGCCGAGCUCGACGAGAUCGACCGCGAGAUGCCGCGCCCCGAGUUGCGCAAGCGCCAGCGCAGGACGGCGAAGGAGAAGCCUAGUGCCCAUGAGGGAGCGACCGAAUGGAAGCCGGAGGACGUGGAGAAGGCGGCGGCGCAGGAGCCCGAGGGGACCGAGCUCGACAGUGGGUUGUCGCCCGCAGAGUCACGCGGCAAGCGGCAGCGCGGGGUGGAGAAGGUCAAGCGUCGUACCCGUAAGAAGACGGCCAAGGAGAAGACGAAGGAGACGACCGAGAAGUCGGCGGCUCAGGCGCCCGAGAAGAUGAAGGUGAACGAUGCGGGUGGCGCGCUGGCCGAAGACGUGUGCGCGGAUGAGCCGGACGCCGAACAGAUGGCCAUGGAGGAGGAGGAGGAGGCAGCCGACGUGCUGGAAGCAGAGGAGAGGAUGGGUAAGUGUGUCGGAGAAGGAUCAGCCGAGAAGGCUGCGACGAGGAAGAGGGUGGCGCGGCCAAGCACUGCGAGAAGGGUGGAGGACUCAGAUGACCACUUUGUGGGCGAUCCAGUACCGGAUGAUGAAGCGCGACAACGAUGGCCCGUGAGGUACAGUAGAAAGGGGUCUGAUUCGCUUCUUAAGCAGGAGCCUGACGAAGAUGAAGAAAUGAAGGCUCGAUGUCACUACCUGGCUGCUAAUGUGGAUGAUGAAAUCUAUCAUCUUGAUGAUGAUGUCUAUGUCAAGGCUGGUCCUGAUGAGGAAAAUUACAUUGGACGGAUUACUGAAUUUUUUGAAGGAGUCGACCGUGGAUCAUAUUUCUCUUGUCAGUGGUUUUUCCGUACAGCAGAUACGGUCAUCUCAUCAAAGUUGUUAAAGGUGCAUGAUCAUAGACAUAACCAUAAGCGUGUUUUUCUUUCAAAGGAGAAGAAUGACAACUUGAUUGAGUGCAUAGUCUCAAAAGUAAAGAUUGCCCAUGUUGAUCCAAAUAUGACGCCUCAAGCAAGAGCUCAUGCUAUAUCUGAUUGUGACCUGUACUAUGACAUGUCUUACUCUGUUGCAUAUUCCACGUUUGCAAAUCUUCCAGCAGAUAAUGAUGGUGCAUUGGGGAGUGAGGCAACAUCAAAUAUUUCCUGCGAUGAUGCUGACAAUUCUUCUAAGGGAAAAUUGUCGGCUGAUAUUGUGGCACCAUAUAGUGAACAAACAGAGACAGCUUCUCUGCUUGAUCUUUACUCAGGAUGUGGCGCUAUGUCAACUGGGCUUUGUUUGGGUUUUGCAUUUUCUGGCAUAAAUUUAGAGACUAGGUGGGCUGUUGACAUAAACAAAUAUGCUUGUGCUUGUCUCAAACAUAAUCACCCAUACUCGCAGGUGCGGAACGAGAAAACUGAGGAUUUUCUUGCCCUUAUUCAGCAGUGGGAUGCACUUUGUAGAAAAUAUGUUGUCCACAAAAACGAUACACUAGAACCUAGUAUAGAUAUGCCCUUAAAUGAUGCUGACGAUGUAAAUGAGCCUCUUCCAGAAGAUAUAUUCGAUGUAGAGGAGCUCCUUGAGAUAUGCUAUGGUGAUCCAAGUAACACAGGAAAAAAUGGCUUGUGGUUUAAGGUGCGGUGGAAAGGGUAUGAUCCAAGUUAUGAUACAUGGGAGCCAAUUGAUGGGCUCAGUGAUUGCCCUGAGCGUAUUAAAGAAUUUGUAGAGAAAGGACACAAGGAAAAUAUUUUGCCCUUGCCCGGUGCUGUGGAUGUCAUAUGUGGUGGGCCUCCAUGUCAAGGCAUCAGUGGGUUCAACCGAUUCAGAAAGCAUAAUGAUCCACUUGAGGAUGAAAAGAACAAACAGUUGGUUGUUUUUAUGGAUAUAGUGAAGUAUCUGAGGCCCAAAUAUGUCCUCAUGGAAAAUGUUGUGGACAUAUUGAAAUUUGCAGAUGGAUUCCUUGGACGCUAUGCAAUGAGUUGCCUUGUGGCUAUGAAUUAUCAAGCUAGGCUUGGGAUGAUGGCGGCAGGAUAUUAUGGGCUACCGCAGUUCAGAAUGCGGGCAUUUCUCUGGGGAGCCCUUCCAUCAAUGGUAUUACCAAAAUUCCCACUUCCUACCCAUGAUGCUGUUGUGCGUGGAAUAGUACCAACUACAUUUUCGCAAAGUGUUGUUGCAUACAAUGAGGUAGACACCCGUUGCCUACGAAAGGCUCUUCUCCUUGCAGAUGCCAUAUCUGAUUUACCCAAGGUUGGAAAUGAUCAACCUAAAGAUGUAAUAGAGUAUAGUGUUGCCCCCAAAACUGAAUUUCAACGGUAUAUCCGGAACAACCGUAAAGACAUUCAGGAUUACUCUUUUCGUGGAGAUGAUCCUUCUGAAGAAGGUAAAUUGUUUGAUCAUCAACCUCUAAAGCUAAACAAAGAUGAUUAUGAGCGUGUGCAGCGGAUACCUGUAAAAAAGGGAGCGAACUUUCGUGAUCUAAAGGGCGUCAUAGUUGGCCCAGAUAAUACUGUGCGGCUGGAUCCAAACAUUUCCCGUGAACGACUGUCAUCUGGGAAGCCUUUGGUGCCUGACUAUGCCAUAUCUUUCGUCAAGGGGAAGUCAACUAAACCGUUUGGACGCCUGUGGUGGGAUGAAACUGUUCCCACUGUAGUUACCAGAGCUGAGCCUCACAACCAGAUUAUUUUGCAUCCUAGCCAAGACCGAGUUCUGACUAUUCGCGAGAAUGCAAGGUUGCAAGGUUUUCCUGACUAUUACAGAUUGAUCGGCCCACUAAAGGAGAAAUAUAUCCAGGUUGGCAAUGCGGUUGCAAUUCCAGUUGCUCGAGCUUUGGGGUAUGCUCUUGGGCUGGCCUACCGGGGUGAAUCUGAUGGAGAUCGAGCAGUACUCAAAUUGCCAGAGAGUUUUAUUUAUGCUGAUCAAGAGACGGUUGUUAAAUCUUCGGCAGGAACUCCUGGAAGUGAAAUAGCUGAUUCGGAACAGUUGUUUGAAUAGUAUGUUAUCUGAGUCACUUGUAUAGUUGGGUGAUGUGCUAUAAUUGUUUCUGUAUGAGUUUCGAACACGGACAGUGCAUGCAUUGUCCAAUGCUCCAAACAUUCACUGGUUAACCCUGGAACUGAGUAAUUUGCAUACGUUUCUUCAUUGGAUGUCCAUUUCUUUCUGGUUUAGAUAUGUGAGUGAAAUACUUUAUUUGCUUCGAUUCUAAUUGAGCUGCUGCUACAUUGUAUUAUCGGGCUCUUUAUUUAAUGGGAUACUGGCUACUUUUGAGCAAAA